GCGGCCUGUUUCCGGUUAGGCGGCUGAGGCGCGGCAGAAGCGGAGGCGCUUCUUGAGCUCUCGGAGGAAGGAAGCGACAUGGCGGCGGCAUUUAAAAAGGCGGCCAAGUCUCGGCAGCGGGAGCACCGAGAACGAAGCCAGCCUGGCUUUCGAAAACAUCUGGGCUUUCUGGAAAAGAAGAAAGAUUAUAAACUUCGGGCCAAUGACUACCACAAGAAACAGGAGCAGCUCCGAGCCCUGCGUAAGAAGGCCCUGGAGAAAAACCCAGAUGAGUUCUACUUUAAGAUGACACGGGUCCAGCUGCAGGAUGGGGUCCAUGUGGUCAAACAGCCUAAAGACGAGGUGACAGCCGAGCAGCUGAAGGUGAUGAAGACGCAGGACAUCAAAUAUGUGGAAAUGAAGAGAGUGACUGAAGCCAAGAAAAUUGAACGGCUGAAGUCGGAGCUCCACCUGCUGGAGGCUUCGGGGAAGCAGAAGAACCAGCAUGUGUUCUUCUUUGACACCAAGAAGGAAGUGAAAGAGUUCGAUGUCGCCACUCACCUGCAGACAGCCCCUGAGCUUGUGAGCAGAGUCUACAACCGGCCCAGGGUAGAGACCUUGAAGAGAGAAGCUGUGAAAGGCGAGACGAGGCGGAGCCACAUCCAGAAGCUAGCUAGAGAGAGGAAAAGGCAAUACAGCCUCCUGAAGCAGCGUAUCGAGAGGGAGAAGGAAUUGUUUGUUAUUGCACAGAAAAUCCAAACACGCAAAGAUCUUCUGGAUAAAACCCCCAGAGUGAAGGUGAAGAAAGAAACAGUCAACUCCCCAGCUAUUUACAAAUUUAAAAGCCAAAGAAAACGUUAAAGUUC